AUGUCGCACUUCGGUCGAUCCGGACCUCCGGACAUCAAAGACACCUACUUCUUCCUCGUCCUCAACAUCACUUUCCGAACCACCGCGGAUGACCUCUUCCCGCUCUUCGACAAGUACGGCAAGGUCGUCGAUGUCUUCAUUCCCCGAGACCGGAGGACUGGUGAUUCUCGCGGAUUUGCUUUUGUCCGAUAUAAGUAUAAGGACAAGGCGCAUAAGGCAGUGGAGAAGCUCGAUGGGAAAGUUGUUGAUGGAAAAGAGAUUAUGGUUCAGUUUGCCUUGUACGGCCCCAAUGCGGAGUGGAUGUAA